CAGCUACCUGGGCCAGAGCUGCACAAUGUGCAUCGGCAAGGACCGAGUUCAAGGAAGGACGCAUGUGCCAGCUGCGCAGGGGCUUCCUUGAGAUCAGAGGUUCGAGGGCUUAUCAUGCAGACAGGCAUCUGCACAGAUCUCCAGCCUUUGGUUGAGGACACAGACCUUUAGCCUCUCAAAACUCACCGAAAAUUUGCGAAACCGACGUGGAAAGCACUCUUUGAGAAUGAUGCGCUAGUCGACGUUCUCAGCGGUCACCUUACGACAAAUCACUUUCUGCAUCGGGUGCUGCUUGGAGUGUCGAAGACCUCAGAAUGGCUGCCCGAAAUUCUGCGCGGUCUCGUGCGGCGGUCAGUGCCCAAAGCGCCCAGAGCUACUCGGGCGCCGAUGGGCAAGUGGACGAGCUGGGGGUGUUUGAGGAGGAUGACUUCGACGCAGAGGAGUUUUGUAGGCUCAAAUGUCAAUCAAUGAGCGAAAAGGGCAUUCGAAAGUUUGUGAACGACCUGGUGGAACUGAAGCGAGCCUCCGCAGACGAGAUGCGCAAGAACGUGUAUCACAACUACCCGGACUUCAUCCAGACGUCGCGGCGCAUCUCGGACCUGGAGGGCAAGCUGCUCCAGAUGCGCAACCUGCUGGCUCAAGAGGCGGCUACGAUCCACGGGCUGCUCGAAGGGGGCCCCACGCUUCUUCCUCAAAAGAGCCCAGAGGAGGUAGGGGACGAGGAGGCGCUCGAGGAGGAAUUGGGACAGGAGGAGGAGAGGGACCUCUCAGAGCACCAGAUCCGCGCGCAGGCCCUGCCCGACCUUCUAGACGUCCUCCUGGCCGAGCGCAAGGUGGCGGAGGCGCUAACCGUUCUCGAGGAAGGCGAGAAACUCGCAGCGGGGGGGCAGGUCGAGGGGGGCUCCGGCCGGGGGGUCCUCAGCAGCCGAGAUGCAGCCGAGCUGCACGCCGCACUCACAGAACGACGGGCGCGAUUGGCGGAGCAACUAGCGGAGGCAGCUCAGCAGCCGUCGGUGAGGGGCGCGGAGUUGCGGGAUGCGGUUGCGGCGUUGGUAAGGCUGGGGGACGGGCCGCGCGCGCAUACGCUGCUGCUCGGUGCGCACCAGGAGAGGUUGAAAGGGGCCGUGCGGGCGCUGCGGCCGACGGGGACGUCGUACGGUGGGGCCUACACGGCAGCGCUGUCGCAGCUCGUCUUCUCGACCAUCGCGGCGGCCGCCAGCGACUCCCUGGCCGUGUUUGGCGAACAGCCCGCGUACGCGUCCGAGCUGGUCCUCUGGGCGCACACGGAAGCCGAGCGCUGUGCGGGCCUGUUGCAGCGCCAUGUGCUCUCGUCGUCUGCCGCAGCGGGGGGGUUGCGCGCGGCGGUCGAGUGCGUGCAGAUUGCGCUGGGGCAUUGUGUGCUGUUGGAGGAAAGCGGGCUGGCGCUGUGCCCCGCGCUCUCGCGCCUGCUCAAGCCGAGCGUGGAGCUGGCGCUUGAUGCGAACUUGCACCGUUUUGAGGAGAGCGUUCAGACGCUGGCCGCCUCGGAGGACUGGCUGCUCGUGCCGGCUGCCCCGAGUACGGGUCGGAGGGCGGGGACAGGGCCGCAGGGGGCAGCCGCGGGCGGGGUGCGCCUGACCGGCAGCGCUCACCGGCUCUUCAACAUGAUCCAGGAGUUCGUGGACGACGUGAUGCCGGUGGUGAGCAUGCAGCUGACAGGUGUCACCGUGGAAGGGCUGGCGCACGCCUUUGACUCGUACGUGGCGCUGCUGCACAAGGCGCUGCCGCAGGACGAGCAGGAGGAGGGGGGGGUCGACAAUGGGGACAUCGGACUGGUGCGCCCCGCCGUGACGGAUGCACAGCAGCUGGCGCUGCUCGCCAACGCCACCGCGCUCGCCGACGAGCUCCUCCCCCGCGUCUGUCAGCAGCUGACACGUGCCCCCCCCAGCGCGGCCGCCCCCGCCGCGAGCCCCUCCACCCCUCCCCGCCCGCGCACCAGCUACGCUCGACAAGGGACCAUGAACCGGGGGGCCGCGCAGGCGACGUCGCUGGAGCAGCAGUACUUCCGGAAGCGGAGCCAGAAGGCGGUGGAGAAGCUGCGGGAAGCGUACUGCAACCAGACGGUGCUGCGGCUGUGGUAUGGGGAGGACGAAGAUGGGGAGCGGCUCGCGAUGGAAGCGGACGACUACCUGCGGCUGGACCGCGAGGGAGUGCCGCCGGAGCAGGACGGGCGCCCGUCGCAGACGUUCCUGGCCCUGUUCGAGGCGAUGACGUCAGUGGCGUCGACCGCGAGCGAACUGAUGGCGGGGCGCGAGCGCAGCGUGACGGUGCUCAUGAUGCGCUUCGCGGACUACAUGGCGUCCAUGCUGACGUCAGACGAGGACUUCUGGGCCGAGGUCGACCAGCAGGGCCUCGGGCCCGAUGCGCUCAAACAGUUCGUGAUGGACCUGACGUUCUUCCUCCAAGUCGCUGCCGCGGGCCGCUACGCGUCCCGGCACAUGCGGCAAGUCGUGGCGGACACCAUUGGGCGCGCCAAGCAGACGUUUGAGGAGCACGGCGGGGACGCGGCAGCAGCGCUCCCCGAGGACACGUGGUUUCAGGCCCGGGCACAGGAGGCAGUCCAGGGGCUAGUCGCGCGGUACACCAACCAGGCGUCCCCGGGGGGCAGGCCUCCGCUUCGGAUGGCGGACGAGCCGCCCAGCCCGACAUUUUCGGAAGCAUCGUCGAUUGAUUCCAGACCGUAAAGAGAAGCCUCUGGAUACGGAGACUGGUCUUGUUGUCGGUAUUUAGGAAACCCCUCCAAUAGGGCGGCCUGUGUGUCGGCUGCUCUCAGAUUUACGCAUUUUGCUUCGUGCACAACUUUGGGGCGUCGGCCCUCUCUUAAGACAUUUGCCCUUGAUAUAACGCCUCAUUGGACAAUAUGGUCGCGUCAAUCUAAUGCAUGUUUGCCCCGC